UUGUGGGAGCAAGUUUUCGUUCUGUCAGUCAAGUCGGGGCCCAUUGUUUCCACUUGCACGUCCUCCCACAGUCUCUAGUUGGAGCAACACCAGCAACUAUGUCUCGAAUUUUCUCAGUCCUUCUCCUCUCUCUCCCCCUUGCCCUCUCAGCAGACUUCGAAAGUGUGACCAUCAGUGCCAACCUCGACAACGUUGGCCACACAUGUAUCAGCAAAUGUCUCUACUACACCCUUCUGUCCGAUAUGGGCAGGGCUAUGGGCUGUGAUGACCCCUAUGAUAACAACUGCUACUGCGCUACCGCCGCUGCAUCUGCCAACAAGGCUGAUGGCUUCAUGUCCAAGUGUGCCACCUCGUUAUGCUCAGCUGGUGAUCGUUCUCGAGACUUGACUUCCAUGCAAUCCUACUACGCUUCGUACUGUAUGGGUGCAGGCUUCACACAGCCUGGUGCUACUGAGUGGUACAACCCUGCUGAAGCUACAGAAGAGCCGACGAAUGAACCUACUGCAGAGAGCGGUGGUGGCAGUGAUGCGAGGCCCAGUCGAACUGCCAACUCGGGUGGUGACGGGACUUCAACUCACAUGACCAUUGUCACGCAGACGGCAGAGGAUGGUGCUUCGAGGACGCAGGUAAUCGUCGAAGCAACUUCCACUUACUGGGUCAACUCGGACGGGUCCCCAGCAUCAUCCAAGAACGAGGAUGGCGGCACCUCUGUUGUCAAGAUUGGCGUUGGUAUCGCUGUACCAGUGGUAGUUAUCGCUGCUGGCUUGUUUGCUUGGUGGUUCAUUAGGCGAAGAAAUCAACAAAAAGCACAAUACCCCCAUACUACUCAACCGCUCGGCGAAGUUACAACUGGCGGCGGUCCUGCUGUCGUGGCCUCCGUAUCCCCUGCAACACCUGAGAGGAGGGACACUUUACCAAGAAAGCCUGUCGGCGCUUCAACAAUCUCUUCUGUUUCUUCUUUGUCCAAGACCAAUGAGUUAUCCGGUAUCGGCGUUCAACGUGAACUUUCUGGGCGUGAAGUUCACCCUUUUCCUAACAUGACACCCAGUCCGCCUAUUCAAGUCGCAGGACAACAUGAGAUGUCGGGUGAAGGAUGGAGGCCAAACUUGGAGAUGGAUGGUCGUGAUGCUCGUGUGGAAAUGUCCGGUGAGGCACGGCCUCCUGAGCUCCCAGGCUAUAUCAACUCAGCGAAUGCGUACACGCCUCAUGAGAGUGUUCAGCGAUGGGAACUGCCUGAUAACUCGCGUCAGAGAUAGGCCGUAGGCUUUGACGGCUGCUAUAUGUUGUCUUGUAUUCUCUUCUUAGUAGUUAUCGUUCCGCUGGGAUCAAUGUUCCUUUUCGGCUGUGGAGUUGGGCGAGAGAAGGGUAUAUCUAGGGCUUGGUCGGUUGCGCUAGAUGUUAUUGAUAGGUGUAGAGGAGUAAACUAAUUACUAUGUUAUUUCUUACUUA